GAAGGCAAGGGGGUGAGCAAGAACACAUUAAAAAGUAAUUAAUUAGUAGCCAAGUUUCCUUUUAGAGAAGAAGAGAGAGACAUACAAGAGCACAAUGAAGAAGAGCUCCAUGCCUUCCAUCCCUCCUUACCACAACCUUACAAUUCAAAAGGAGCUGAAAGAAGGCUCCAAGUUGUAUAAAGAUCGCGGAAAUGAUCAGAAGGAAGAGUCUAAUCAUGUUGUGGAGAAGAAAGAAGAACCAGUUGCAGAAACGAAUUCGAAGAAGGUAGAGUUAGAGAAGAAACCAUCCAUGGACAUUAAUGAAAGCGCUGAGGCUUUCAUCAACAAAUUCAGACAGCAGCUACUCAUCCAGAGGCUCGAAUCCAUUGAGAAUUACGAGCAAAUGCUAGCAAGAGGCCUCUAAUACUCUCUUCUCUGCAUCUAUUAUAUAUAUAUAUAUAUAUAUUUCAUUGUUGUAUUUAUUAUUGCUGUAGUAUUUCUUAUUUGUUGUUUGCUUGUUUCCAUGACCUUCAUCAACAUGAAUAUGGUUUAAGAAGGAUAUAAGCAUAUGAAUAAUAACAAAUAAUAUUUGGCUUUAAUUUUCUAAGAUUAGCAGCUUCUUCUUUUUUAGCUUUUAAUUUUUACAUUGGAUGUUUUUCGUUAUUCGCUUUGCUGCUGCCUUUGGGAAUUUGUGCGUGCAAGUAAUAAUUUUGUGUUGAUUUUUCUUGUUUUCUUUCAACUGGGAAUAAGCAUAUUUCAGAGAGUUGUGUAGCAAGAUUCAUUGUUUUCUUUUGGCUUCUUAACAACUACCAUGCUUCACUGUUAUGAAUCAUUUGCAUCAUUUUAACCCUUUGACUCUGGGGUCAACAGUUCGGAUUGACCUCAUUUACAAAACUGUAUGACCUGGGCUAAUCUGCUUUUGUGUGCCUGGACUUGUUAUUCUUGGCCCAAUUUCGCGGCCUUGGAGUUCAGGGUCGAAGUUGGAUCUUGAACAACAAAAUACAAAAGUAAUUGCAUGUUCAAGUGUGGAGUCCUUCCCACCAAUAAAAAAGUUCAAGGUAGUCCCAAAAAGUAGAACAUGCAUUUAAUGAAACAAAAGUCUACUUCAUAAAACAUAAUAAACGGUCCAAUUAGCAAGAGCUUUGAUGCUUCUUCCUAAAUCCCCUAAAUAAUUCUAAAACAUACUUUUUAAUGAAACAAAAGUCUACCUCAUAAAACAUAAUAAACGGUUCAAUUAGCAAGAGCUUCGAUGCUUCUUCCUAAAUCCCCUGAAUAAUUCUAAAUCAAAACAUUCAUUUUGGCUUCUAUGUUCCAUUGUCCCUCUGUAAUCUCUGGAAGCAUUCUAGUGACACACUACAAUUCUGCACCAUAUAUACCCCUAGCUACUCCGGCUAGCUCAACCUUCAUAUACGACGAAGAAUAUGUGCCAGGAACAAUUUUUUACUGUAACACCAAUAGAUGUUAGGGAUCUAAAUUUGACCUACUUUCAGAAAUGAAUAAUAAACUAAGCAGAACGUUGUUUUUAUCUGAUUAUGUUUCUGGGUCCCUGGCUCCUUUAAUGGAAUAGGAUAAGAUUAAUGACUAGAAGGCUGAUGUUGGGGAGGUAAUUAGCCCAAAAUAAUUAAAAAUAUUGGUUUUUAAUGGAGAUUAACAUGGAGAAGGUAAAGCAAUUAAUGACACCUUAAAAAGCAAAAGACAAAUCAAAUAAAGCUUGGAUAAUCUUAACCCCCACAUAUCCCAAUCUGGAUUCCUUCCUGGAAUUCUAUAAUUCUACCAAAUUAAGCAGGUAGCAAACGGGGUCCACCAAAAUUCAGUGACAAAAAUAUAAGUAUUGAAAAAGAAAAAGAGCUAAGAAACGGCUCAAAUACAGUUCACUUGUACUGAAUCAGCAAAUUCAAUAGCAUUUGCAUUUUGGCUGACACAUUUUUUUUUUAAAUAUUAAUAUUAAUGUCCUUUUUAUUAUCACAAAAUACACAAGAAAACACACAAAAAAGAAAACAAAA